AUGAAAGAAAAGAAGGAUUUGAAGAAGAGAAAAAUAGAUGAGACAAGAAACAACAGUGAAGGAGAACUUAGACUUCUCAUGGAACCUCUUGCCAAACCUGUACUCAUUGAUCUUCUCUAUAAACUAGGUUCCAAUGACCCUUCAAUUGCAGCAAUGAUAGAAACUAUUGCAUAUGCUGAUCAUGUCCAUAGAAAGCUUUUUGUUCAUGACUUGUCCUUGAAUACCACUUCACAAUCUUUGUGUAAUGCAUUUAAAGUGUAUGGAGAAAUUGAGGAUGGGAAUGUGAUUGUUUAUGAAAACACUCAAAAAUCACGAGGAUUUGGAUAUAUCCUUUACAAAGAUGUGAAAUCGGCUCAGAAAGCAUUGAGUGUACCUAGCAAGUUAAUCGAUGGAAGACAGACUCUGUGUAUGUUAGCUCGUGAUGAGGGCAAAAGCAAAACUAGUGAUACUUCACUGAGAAGGCUUUAUAUUGGAAACUUAUCACCAGAAGUAACAGAUGGAAUGCUGCACGACUAUGUUGGAAGCCUUGGUGAUAUUGAGGAAUGUAACAUUGUAUAUCAAAAGGAUUCAUAUGUAUCACGUGGAUAUGGCUUCGUUACAUACAAGACAGUAGAGGCUGCAAAGGAAGCUAUAGCUGACCUACAUCGCAGUACAUUUAAGGGAAGAAAUAUAAUUGUGAACUAUGCUACUAAUCCCUACAAGGGUGGAGGUGGUCAGUCGUCUGUUCCUCCAACGGCAGCCUUACCUGUGCCUGCACCAUAUUAUAAUAGUGUCCCCCCUGGACCUUCUACUUCUACUUAUCAAACACAUGGUUAUGGACAGGGUCCUUAUCCUCGGCAUUACAACCAAAACCAAUGAAUGUAUUUUUACUAAACACUGUGAUAUUGCUUUCAUGUUCAAUUCUUGUUAGCCCGUAAUUCCUGUCCAAUAUUUUCAGUGCUAGCCCAUGUGUUAAAAAGUUUACAUUCUUUGUGACUAGAAAUUUUUC